CCACACACACCACACACACACACCACCACACACACACCACACACACCACACACACACACCACACACACCACACACACACCACACACACACACCACACACAGCACACCACUCACACCACACACACACACCACACACACCCCGCAAGACCUGCAGGACCUGAUUUUGACGCUAUUGCUGCUGCUUCGUCGUCGUCAGCGGCAGCAGCAGCAUGUCGGGUUCUGAGGCUGCAGGCGAGUUGGUGGAGGAGGUGGAGGAGGAUUGGUUCGGAGGAGAUUUGGAUUCAGGGGCGCACGAGGCGCUUCUGGAGCGGUCAGAGAUACAGGUCCCCAUGAAGAACCUGGAGCGCGAACUGAUGUGCCCGGUGUGCGAGGAGCUCUUCACGCACCCCAUCAUCCUGCCGUGCCAGCACAGCGUGUGCCACCGCUGCGCCAAGGAGCUCCUCUGCCCUCGCGAGUGGUCCUCCUCCUCCUCCACCACCUCGCCGUGGGUCCCGCCGGCGCCGCACGAGGCCUCCACCGAGCCGGCGUCCCCCAGCGCGUCGCCCGUGCCGAGCCCGCGCCGCCGCAGCCUCCGCGGCGGGGGCUCCCCCAGCGUCGAGCGGCUGGAGAAGGUGCUACGUGCCGAAUCCCUUGUGAACCUGACGGCUGCCCCGCUGCGCCCCGCCCGCCCGGGCCCCCGCGGGGGCUGCUCGUUCCCGUGCCCGGCCUGCGACUGCGACGUCGACCUGGGGCCCAAAGGCAUCGCCGGCCUCUUCCGCAACUUCACGCUGGAGACCAUCGUGGAGCGAUUCCGACAGGCGGCCAGGGCCGCGACAGCCGUGAUGUGCGACCUGUGCUACCCUCCGCCGACCGAGGCCACCAAGAGCUGCCUGGACUGCCGCAAGAGCUACUGCAACGAGUGCUUCAAGGUGCACCACCCGUGGAACACGCCCAAGGCCACGCACGAGUACAUCGGCCCCACCAAAAACUUCCGGCCCAAGGUGCUGAUGUGCCCGGAGCACGAGGCAGAGAAGGUGAACAUGUACUGCGAGGUUUGCCGCCGCCCCGUGUGCCACCUGUGCAAGCUCGCCGGCAUUCACGCGAACCACAAGGUCACCAACAUCAACAGCGCCUACAAGGCGCUCAAGGAGAAAUUGGCCAAGAGCAUCAACCUGCUGGUGAGCAAGGAGGACCAGGUGAAGGAGCAGCUGGGAGUCAUCGAGACUCUGAUCAAGGACACGGAGACGGGCGGCGAUCUCGCGGCGCGCAGCGUCACGGAGGCCUUCGGGGGCCUGGAGGAGGCGGUGAGGGCGCGGCGCGCGGCCAUGUCGCACCGCCUGGAGGGCUGCCGCGACGACGUCGCGUGCCGGCUGCAUGCGCAGCACUCCGAGUGCGAGCAGCUGCUGCAGAGCUCGGGGCUCGUGGGCCUCGCCCGCGAGUUCCUCAAGGAGAGCGACCCCUCCUGCUUCAUGCAGACCGCCAAGCUGCUGCACAGCAGGAUCAUGAGGGCGACGGAUCGCUUCAAGUCGUUUGAGGCGGAUGUGGUGGACGCGUCAUUCUCGGGGUUCACGGUGGACGUGGCUCGGGAACAAGCCUUGCUGGGCUCCCUCGACUUCCUCAAGGCCCCGGAGACGCCGGUGCUGGACCCGAGCCGCAGCGCCAUUUACAAGGACGCCCAGGUGAGCUGGUCUCUCCCCGAGGGCUCCGCUCCUGCCGAUCGGUUCCAGCUCGAGUUCCGGCCCCCUCCGCGGCGCCGCCCGUCGCCCGUCCCGGACCGCGGCACCCCGGAUCCGGCUAGCGGAGAUGACGUCGACGACCCGGAGUGGAGCCGCGUGGACGGGAUCCGGAGCACGAGCCACGUGGUGACGGGAGUCCAGCCCGGCGUGGACCUCACGGUCCGAGUCCGGGCCGUCAACGCAGCCGGAGCGAGCGCGUUCAGCGCGGAGAUGACGAUGGCGGCGCCGCCGGCGCAAGUCUUCAGCUUCCUGCUGGACGACGACUGCGGCUACGAGCGCGAGCGGCUCGUCCUCUCCCCGCGCCGCGCCAGCGUCGACAGCGUCGUCGGGCUGCCCGCUCUGCUCGCGUCCGAGGGGCUUGCCGGGGGCAGCGCCGGCAGCAGUAGCGCCGGCGACAACGACGACCCGCACCGCUGCCACGGGGACGGCGUCAACGGCGCCGCCGGCACCGCCGGCCCGCUGGCGCCGCUGUCGUUCAUCGCCGGGGACGCGGCCGUGAGAGGCGGGCGCCACUUCUGGGUGGUGCGCGUGUGGCCUAGCAGCUUCCUGGUGCGCGUCGGGGUGGCGGCGCCGGAGGCUCUGCGGUGCUGGUUGCGUCGUGCCGUCACCGGCGGCGGCAAAGGCAGCGCCGGCGGCAAGGACGCGGCCGCGCGGGGGGAAGGCCGCAGGCACAAGCCGGACAGCCCCUCCUCGGCCGCCCCCUCGGCCGCCCCCUCGGCCGCCCCCUCCUGCGCCUUCGUCUCCGUGGGCAUGGGUCAGGUGGUGGCCCCCAGCUGGGCCCAGCUGCCCGCGCCCCCCCCCUCCUCUCCCGCCAAGGGCACGACCCGGGCGGCACCGCAGGCGCCGGCGUCGGCGUCGCCGCAGCACCGCCAGCAGCAGCAGCAGCCGCAGCAGCAGCCGGCGCCACGCGCCACCUCCGCCCGCUCCCAGCGAGCCGCGAAGCCCCUCGUUCGUUCCGCCUCCGCGCCCAAGUCGGCGCCGGGGACGCCGCGACGCGCUGCGGCCUCCGGGCGGAACGCGCGCGUGUCGGCGCUGCCGGCGCGCCUCGGCGUGUGCCUGGACCACGGCGCCGGGACGGUGGCGUUCUACGACGCCGACGGCGGCGGCGCGACCCGGCUCUGCGAGAUGCCGGUCGACUGCUCGGGCCCCGUGUUCCCCGUGUUCGCGUUUCUGGGCGGCGGCGGGCUGGAGCUGGAGGUGGCCGACGGCGGGGGCUGCGCCGACGGUACCGGUGGAGCCGGCGGCGUCGGCAAGAGGGGAGCCGCGCCGCCGCUGUCGGCACGGCCGGGCGUGAACGGUGUCUGACUGCAGCCGCGCGGGAAAUUAAUUUUGGGCCUGUUAAAAAAAAAAAACAUCUGUGGGUCUCAUGUAAGUCUAUGAGUGUCUAUAUGAGGCUGUGGGUCUCUAUGUGAGUCUAUGGAUCUCCAUGUGAGUCUAUGGGUCUUUAUGUGAGUCUGUGGGUCGUUAUGUUAGUCUGUGGGUCUCUAUGUGAGACUGUGGGUCUCGGUGCAUCUGUGGGUCUCCGUGUGAGUCUGUGGGUCUCUGUGUGAGUCUGUGGGUCUCUGUGUGAGUCUGUGGGUCUCUAUGUGAUUAUCUUGGUCUCCACGUGAGUCUGUGGGUCUCCGUGUGAGCCUGGGGCUUGCGUGGGUGAGAGACGGGUGUGUCUUGUUGUGGUCGUUAUUAUUUUUUUUGUUUAGUUUGCUUAUUUUUUCUGAUCGAACAAAGCCCUCGCUCUGAAUCGGGGCCUUUGCUUGAAACAUCAGCCGAGUGGAGGGAAUAUUUUUUUUACUUUCUCUAAGUUGGUGGAAAUGGCGAACGCGGUGAGUGAUGGGUGGUCCACCGCCACCGCCGAAGGUGCUGCUAAAAAAACGACCUUUUCGCCCUGCGAGAAAUCCCCACCACCUUAAUUUCAUCUCGUAACUUUUUUUUGUCUCUCUCUCUCUCCCCUCCCACGUGUUAUGUCCGUCGACGCCGGCGCGCUCGGCGAAUCACAAAAAAACGGCACCCUCGUCGUAUCUCUCGGUGCAGCCGAUUGCGGUUGACAGCGGGCGACGCGGCCGGCCCGUCUUCGCGACGCCGCCGCGGCGAUAUGCCCAUAUCCGUGGCGACAGUCGGUGCCCGCUUGUGCCGGGAGUGGGGUGGUGGGGGAGGUUUGCCACCCCCGGAGUGACGACCAACGCCAAACUCCGGAAGGAUCGACCUCAAACCUCAAACCCGUGCCUCGUCCAGCUCGCGGAAACAAAAGUCCCAGGUCGAGAGCGGCCGAGCGGAGCUAUGCAAAACGCGCAAAUCGUGCCAUCAGCCGAGACUCCGAAGUUGCGUCGAACAGUGCUAACCGUCUAUCACUGAGCAUCAGGUAGCCGCGCCUCUUGCCGUGUUCUCGUGCCCCUGCGUUCUAAUGCCCCCCCCCCCAAAAAAAUUACUUUAUUACGAGAUUUUUCCCUUGAGGUGUUUAGUUGUGUGUUCUCACAACAACACCCCCUACUACUGCUGCUGCCUAAUAAUAACAACAAUAAUAAUCAGCACCGCGAUGGUGAUUCUGACGUCUUGAAAAUGUGCAUGCAAAUGAACACGUAAUUACAGAGCGCAAAAGCAAUAUUCAGCUAAACUUUAAAGAUUGCACUGCGAAAAAAAGGAAAGGCACUAACAAUAUUGCUGCUGCUGAUGCUGCUGCUGACGCUACUACUACGGGUCGGGAUUUGGGGGCACGUGUCUUUAUCUCGUGUCUUUGUCCUUGUGUCUAACACCGUGUCUAACACCGUGUCUAACACCGUGUCUAAGCUCAUAUACGAAUGUGUGUCGGUGCGCGCGAGAUCAAUCAGCUAAGUAGUGGCGGAGGGGGGGUGGGGGUGGUGGCGCAGUGGUUAGCACGCUGCGCUAUGAAGCCAGCAACCAGAGUUCGAUUCCCGCUCACGACCAAUAACAGCGGCGAUUCAUUGGAACCGCUCCUGGGUCCCCCCGAAGUGAACACCUGCUGCGGUGUGCAAACAUCAGCACUGGGGAGACAAAGGCGGCCGUGCAUGAUGUUGGCCACCCACCCACCCCCUUGUCGCGCUCUGUCGACCUUCGUAGGUGCUACUCGCUAAUAGCACUUUGCCCCAACAGUCCUUGCAAAGGCUCUACGGGGGAUCUUUGUGUGUGUGUGUUUGCGUAAUAGUUGAACGGCAUAAAGGAAACCAGGCGCUGUGUGGUGCCUUUUUGUCUGAAGUGCGGGGACUCUCGUCCCUAGCGACCACCCCCCCCCCCCCUGCGCUCGGUUGCCCAGGGAUUGCGUAUCACAGAUUAGCCAAAGAGAAAUUAGACUCCGUUCCCCCCCCCCCCCCCCCCCCAGUAACAUUCGUUCGCGCCGAUGUUAAAUCGUAGACACUGAACCUCGGUGAAUGUCGUGAAUCGUUGAGGCUGCUUCUCACAGCCCCCCCCUCCCCCCCGGAUUACAGCACGGUUUGCCCGCGUACGGCGCAAAAUAAUUGUCAACGCGCGCGUACUUCACGGCUCUCCUGCUACCUUGCACUUGGCGUUCACGCGGAAGCCUCGUGCCGGGCGUUCGUCACGACCUCAGGAGUCGUCGGCACGCGCGUAAAGCCGCCGGUGAACGGCGGUCACCCCGGCAUGGACGACAGCGGCGUCACUUUCUAAACGUUUCCCUGCGUAGGUCGCCCGCCUCCCCCCCCAUCAGAAUGAGCCGAAAUGGGAUGGGAAAUGUGAUGGUGCCAGAUCAUGGGCUGCUUGGGUGCGAUGGGACGCACAGGCAAAACCUGAAGGCGAUCCUCGUUGUGGGCUCUGAAAAUGUUGUUAUCUGACAACUGCUCUGGAGGAAGAGGCGGAGGAGGAGGGCUGCCACCCUAAAUUCUGGAUGUUUUCACCAAUUACGGACUUUCAGUUUCUUCAUCGAGGAUAUUAAUGGGAGGCAUUCUUUCGGGGCGGGCGCAGGCGGGGGGGGGGGGGUCUGUGGCUUCUGUCGUAAUUAAAGGUUCAUUAAUUAAGUGCGCUCUCAAGCGACGCCAGUGACGACCGCCUUAUGAAUUGUAGUCGUGGCUUGGGGUAGGCGCAGGUGCCCGUCGUGCCUUCUUGCCAGUCCCGUGCGUGUCCGCGCUCGCCGCCGCACGCGAUCGCUCGGUGGCGAUAACCGCACGUGACGUUCGUUCGCGGGUUUUUUUGCGACGUGUAACUUAUUGUGUGCUUCAACCUCCCCCCCGCCUCUUCGUGCCAGGUCUCUCUCGCGUUGCAAUGCCGGGGGUCUGCGAUGUCACCGGCAGGGUCGAGGCUUUCGCCGAUUCCAAAUGUGCGCAAUGCACAUUUGGAUGUUCUUCCCAGGAAGAAGCGGUGGGUGGGUUUCGUGGGUUGGGCGGAAAUCAGUCCGGCGGCUCGUGUCUUUGUGGCUUUUUUAAAGCCGCGCCACCCUUUUUAGAUUGCGCAAGCCUUCUUCGUCCGUGCACUUUAUCGCUGCGCGUUGUGCUAACCGAGUGUUCGUUUACCCCGACUUGCGUUUAAUGCUUCAACCACGUGCUCGGUGCGCGGAUCCGGAUCGGUGCGACCACAAAUCCACUCCAGGUUUUAACCAACGCGGGGGGAGGGGGGGGCGACUGAAGGCCACCCCGGAUUAGAAUCCGGUCAACUUUAUCGUUAAACUUUUUUUUGCAUUCCCCCCCUACACGGUUCGCGCCUUUAGCUGAAAAACCCGGAACGGAGUGGGUCACCCCCCCCCCCCCCCCCCCGCACCGACCUGGAGCCACGAGCAGGAUGCUGGACUUUAAAAUAAUAAAGAGCGUGCUUCAAAAAAAUGUUAACACUUAUAUGGGACUGUCGUUUUUAUUGGAAAAAUAACGGAUAAUAAAUACACUGUAGCAUGAUAACAAAUGUAUGUUAAUAGCUUCAAAAGUCAAAACAGUCUUCACUUGUUCGCCAUCGUUGUCAACGCGUUGCCUGGAAUCUUCUACAGGUGGUCUCCAUAGCCCGAAGGCGGCACAUUUCUCGUGGUAUUGUUGCAAAUUCUCGGAAGUGUUAACAUUUUUUGAAGCAUCCUGUAUAUUUAAAACGGAUGUCGCUGCCGACGCGUAAAUUAGCCAGAGUUGUUCUCUGUUUGUGACGAGUGUUGUGGUGGUGGUGGUCGUGGUGGUGGCCGUUGUAACGCGUUACAGAGUCCUCUUCAAUAAAAGUGAUUGA